ACUUGCUCCUAAUGCAUAUUUCCGUAUGCACCGCGAGUGCUUACCAUGCGAUUCAUAACGCCGCGAGCGCAACAAUUUGUUUAGUCGCAGUGGAUAUCUCCGGGCAGAGGUGAAGUGUCAUCGGCGAACGGUGAUAUAAUUAAAUUCACAUGUUAGGGUGAAAGAAAAAAAGCCGCGCGUCGAACUAUUGAUACAAGUGUUUCCAAGUUCAAAAGCGUCGCACUCGACCAGGAGAAAUGACAUUGGUGAGUCGCUAAUUGUUAUUUUUAUUAAUAAGUCUACCAAGUCUAAUUCAGCCACAAAAAAGCUACAACGUCAAAGUGCUGUUGACGGCCAUCUCACACGCGAGAUAAGAUAUCAAUAUUUCAAUAAAACGCUCUACUUCUCUCUUUCUCUCGUGCUCUCGCCGACAUGUACACCGCGACUUAAUAGGCUCAAAUCUUAAUGUUAAGUUACGGAAGAAUGCUGUUUGGGCUUGGACGUAAACAAACAUCGCGCAAUCGAAUCUUCAUUUCGGGAAGAUGCGUACAGUAUUCGUCCCCCAUCCGAUACUUGGCACAACGUAAUGCGCAAACGGAAGAUGAUUAAUUUCCGAUUGUAAUCAGCAACGUACAAUGACAUACAAAAUUAUAAUUAUACGUCAUAUGGACUCUAACAACGAGUCAAAAAAUGGCAAGGACCCACCCCCUCAGCAGAAUCAUGAGGAAUCCACGCAGGUCUCCAUCUCCAUAUUAACGGAUCUGCAUAUUCAAAGCACCGAGGUCGGCGAAAUCGCCGAGAUGCCGGAUUACGAGAACCUGAGUACGUCGGCGGUGCUCCAUUAUUGCAAACACAAAAUAUUGAUGCCGUACCUGAGACUGCUGGCAGUGAUGGGAUUGAAGGCAACCAGCAGCGAUGACUCUCGGUGCUGCAUCCUGGCGAAUCUUCACACCUUCCAAGUCGCUGUAUUUAUGUGCAUCGGGUACAUUUUACAGUACAUGGCUUGCUUCAGGAGAGAUCGGGGGUUUUGUUACAAAGUAUUACCAUUGGAGAACGCUGCGUCGGACAUUGGCGGGGAACGGUCGCAGUCGCUCUGCCACGGGAACAUGAUAUUCAGCUACCUGAUCCCGAGCGCGUUGCAUCUAGUCGCGUACAUGUACACAGUGUACUUAUUUCGCAUUAAGGAGAACGAACAGCUGCAGAAUCUGAUGGAGAGAGCCUUCCUGCUCUCGUCGAAUCCCGUGAACCGCGGCAAUCAGAAGCGUCUUGUCCAUAUACUGUGGCUGUUCAUAGCGUUGAGCGUCGUGUGGAUGAUUAUGGCAUUAGUUACGGUGAAUAUCCUGAUGGCGAAGGGAAAUAUUACAUUCCGCUGGUUGGAACACAGUCCUCACCAAGUGAAGAUAACGUUGAAGGUAUUCCUGAUCGUCUGCACCUUAUGGCACGACAUGGUUCAAGGAACUAUCAUAACGAGUUACUGCUUGCAAGGGCAGCUGCUGAUGUCGCAUCUGUACUUCCUACGUGGUAAAUUGCUCCAGCACACUCUGCCGCCCAUCGAUUGGAUGAGGGAAAUUUGCGAAUUCAAGAAGCUACUGAAAUACUUCAACGACGAGCUGGGCCCGACUGUGUGCAUUUACACUAUAGUCAACCUAUCGUGGGCGGCUGCUGGUAUUAUCUGGCUGUUUCAAUAUGAUACCGACGAGAUCGAGAAAAAUCCAGUCACAUACGUCAAUGUGAUGAACGUUAUGUUGUGGAUCUUGAUAUCGAUCGCACCAUUCGUGCAGGCCGCGCGUUUAACCACCGCUUGUUCCACGAUACAGACCAUAGGGCACGAAGUACGCGUCCGGCCGUUCGUGUACCAAGGUACUCCGGGACAAGAUCUUGAUACUAUACUGCUGUACACGUCCUCUUUGAGGAUGUACGCCAGAUUGUUCAGAGUACCCAUCACAGGCAGGUACCUGUGUCUACUGCUAACUAUCGGCAGCAUUUCUAUGCUCACCUUAGGACAAUGCCGGUUCUUCCCGUGACCGUACGGGACCUUCGUCGAAGGAGGGGAUUUACUUUCCGAGAGGAUCUCAUUUCCGAAUCAUCUUGGAUCCGAGUUUCCAAAAAAAAAUGCGCAUUACGUAUAAUUUUAUAUGCUCAUCAUGAGCUUACCGCAUAAUUUUGUACGCAAUACACAAUCUUCAUUUUCACAGGAAUACGAAGAAUUCGAGGUGAUAUAUAAUUGAAAUGUAUCGCAUAAUGCAUCCCUUGUGUAUUUCAAGUACACAACGGUCUAACGCUAUUGUUUAUUCAAAGUGUAUUAUCCAUAGCCAUCUAAUAAGUUAUUUAAGGCUUAAAAAUACUUUCACACACAAGCACUUUUUACACUCAUAUUAUAGACAAUCAUUAUAUAACGGUUGUGAUUACUAUUAAUUACCAUUUCUAAUGUAUUUGUAUUAGAAAUUGCGUAUUUUAUGCAACU